UAAAAGUAUGUUCGAUUGAAUAAUGAAACUAGAGAGUUUAAAGGUUUGACGGCAGGAUGCUUGUCGAAAUCGUUUUUUUUGGCAACAGGUUUUGAGAAAGGACAAAGAUGCCGGACUCCGAUGGAAUCGAGCGGGGCCCGGGUGCUACACCCGAGGACUUCGUCAAGGCUUUGGAAAAGAGAGAAAUGGCACGGCUUCAGGUGCCCAAGGUUAACAUCUUCCACUCCAAUGGGGAUAGGGUGUCCGAGUGGCUUGAGCUGUUGGAGCAGGUCACUUGCGAGGCAUCAAAGGCAAACAAAUUCAAGUUGAUGCCUAGGUACGUAUGGUGGGAGCUUAGACCUGAGGUAAUGAAAGUAGCGGCCGGCGCAAACGGUGAGUGGGCAAGGUUUAAAGAAGAGAUGCAGAGGCGUUUCAAGUUAGGGGACGACCUGCUCACAAAAGAAGACCUGGAAAUGUUGAGACGGGACGAGUUCUCCACGGUAGGGGCCUUUGCCACAACAUUUGAGAAGAUGGCAAAGAAAGUCCCAGGGCUGGCAAAAGAAGAACAUUGUGCCACUUUUCUAGGGCACUUCAAGAAUUGGGAAGCCUCGUCCCUAACCAAGAAAGCUGCACCAGGAAAAAAACUGACUUGGGGUGCCAUAAAAGAAGGCGUGCUAGAGGGAGAGUUGGACCAGGUAGACAUCUUCCAGAUGAAACAGGCUAGGAAGAAAAGGAAGGCUUUGGAUACUAUCACUACUGAUGGGCGCAACUUCAAGCUAAUGAUAGAAGAGGCUGUGGCCCAGCACGAUGCAGAGAAGGAGGCAAGAAAGAAGGCUAUGGUGGCGCCACAAGCCCAAGGGAAAGGAAAGAAGGUGGCAGUGCUAGAGGAGGAGGAAGAAAAAAAAGAGGAGCCUGAACCACAAAAGUUGACAAAGGCUCAAAGGAAGGCAAGGAACACGACUCAAGGAGGGCAAGGCUCAGGAAAAGGUCAAGCCCCGCAGGCUGUGGCAAUGCCACCCCCAGAGUCGUCCGGUCAAGCCGCACCAGCGCCCUAUGGGUCAUGGCCAGGUUGUGGACCUCCCAGUCAUUGGCAUGGGCACUGUUCAUAUGCACCAUGGCCAACGGGCGGACUACAUGGAUCAUGUGCCGGAGCGCCGAUGAGUACUGCUUCCUGUGGAUGGCCGGGACCCCAGUCUCAACAGGAUGGCCUGAUGAGUUCAAGCUAUGAUGGUGAUUUUUUUGACAUGUACGGUGAGUGCAUAGACCCAAGAAUCCCAGGGGGGAUAAGGGAAGAAGCUCUGCGGCGUGCUAAUGCCCCAGCUCCACCAGCCCCCCCGACCGCUUUCCGUAUUUGGCAGGAAGUAGAAGAUCAUCAGGGCGUGAGGAUAGAGGAGAUAAGCGAAAGUGAAGAGGUUGAGCAGAGAUUGAGGGCCGGCACCAUAAAGGAGGAACCCAUAGUGGUUGAAUCGGACGGCGAAGGAGAAGAGGAUAAUUUGGUAAGGGCAAGAGAUACGAUGGAGAAGAUGGAGGACCUGUUGGCAAAAAUUGGGAGGUACCAGGAUAAGCUGACCACUCUUUGUGAGGAAGCCAACAGGUGGAAAGGAGAGUUACCAUUAGUAUACCUCAUCGAUUCAGGUCUAGGCGCACAAGGCGGGUCUAGGAACCUGCCUGGAGUGGCCGUCACGAAAUCAACUCCUAUGUCUGGAAUGACCUUCAGGCCGCCGUCAAGAGCCGGAAGGGCAGCUUUGGCGGCACGCACUAGAUCGAAGGGGGCACCCGACUCCAGCCAGCCCACUCAGGACAAACCGGGACCGAGUGGUGAGAAAGAGACAGUAGAGAUUCCUAAGGAUGAGGAGGAUGAGGAUGAAAGGUUAAGGACGGAAGAGGACAAGAAGGCUGAAGAAAGAGCCAAGAAGAGGGAUGAAAAGGCCGGCGCCAGUAAGGAACAAGAGAGCAAGAGAAGAAAGUAUAAGGUCAGAAUGGAGGAGGGGUUUGACGUGGAAGGAAUGGUCGAUCGACUCCUUGAGGGCCAUAACGACCUAAUGAACUUAAAAGAUAUCCUCGCCUCCGCUCCAAAAUUGAGGGACGAGCUGAAGGCUCGAUUGUCCAGAAGGUUUGACACCAGUUUUUGGGCAGCCAUGCCAAGAGGGAGGGGAGGGGCAAGGCCAGUGGAAACCCCUCUGGGGGUUACCAGACAGGGGGCGCAGAGGUUUGAGAUCAGGAAGCAGCCUGCAGAGGAGGCCUUCAAGUGUCAGAAGGUGGAAGAGAGGGCAAACGAGCAGAAGGAUGAGGAAAUCCCCCUGCUAGAUAAGGAGAUGUUGCAGCCUAAGGAGGCUCUAGCAGGGACGGGGUCAGAGACUGGGGGGUUUGAGUGGAGGAUGCCCACAGCCUUGGAACAUGAGGCGAGGCCACCAGCAGAGGAUGCGAUGGAUGAGGCUGCACUUCCCAUGACUCAGGGGGAGACUGUGGGGCGACAAGAGGUUCAGGAGAGUGUGGGACAGGCCAUGGCUGAGGCUGAGGAGAGGGAGGAGCGGGAGGUCUCUCAGAAGACCCCACCACCUCAGGAUAUGCCUCUGGUUGUAGGUCUGGAGGAUGCACUGGGAUCUUGGGCCACUGGAUCCGGGGCAGAGGAGCGAGUGAGUGAGCAGAUGGCGCAAACAGAUGACAGAGCAGCAUGCCCCAUUCCCCCAGAGCACCCACAGCAGGAGGUCACCAGUGAGGCUACAGCAGCCCCCUCAUCUGUACCCUCCCAUGCAACUGACAAGAUGAAGCAGGUGAAGUUUGGAAGAUGCUUCUACUGCAAGAAAGGCAAGCACCCACAAGAAACCUAUUCCAAAAGCCUCAAGGAUGAGGCCGAUGGUUUUUUUUCAUGGGAUCCAUCUGGCGUGCGCAGGGACAGAGAUGGGAACCUGAUCCUGAAGACUCGUGAUGGGAUACGGGCACAGUUGUAUAGGCAAUUGCAGGAGGACAUGAGUGAUCAAGAGUAGGAUUUACGAAUAGAGUCCGAAAAAGUCUAGAUUCUGACAUGUGUAGAACAAC